UGUCGACACGCGCGACCGGCGAGUUUUCCGCGCCAAUUUCGCAUCCUCUCGAUUUUCUUUGACACUCGCGACAACAUAGGUGUCAACAAUACAAGCGAAUGACUUAAUUAAAAAUGAAGUUCAGAUGUAGAAUGGUGGAUACGGGUGCCAUGCGGGAUUUUACAAGUAUCGUUAAUACUAUAUCCCGAAUGGCAAAAUACUGCGUGCUGCGAUUGACGCCGGACGAAUUGUGCUUCAACGUCGGCGACGAGCGUAUCCCCGUGCUCUGGGCAGUGCUCUCGCAGCAGCACUUCUUCGCGGAGUACGUUAUGAGCGGCGUGUCCGAGCAGGAGAACGAGAUCUAUCUGGAGUUCGACGCCUCCAUGUUCGCCAGAAGCUUGAACAGCCUCCGGGUGACGGCGAGGAGCGUGAAGAUUAAAUUGACGAACAAGCGACAGCCCUGUCUCACGUUCGAGAUCGACCUUACCUCCCUGUCCGUUGACUCGCGGCAGUGCGUGCACGACGUGCCCGUGAAGCUCAUACCCCGCAGAGAGUGGCCGGAGCACAAAAUGCCGGACAUUCCCGAGUUCGACAUAUCGCUGGAGAUACCGCAGCUGAAAUACCUACGUUACAUCGUGGACAGAAUGAAGAGCAUGAGUCCUCAGCUGACAGUGAUUGCCAAUAAAUCUGGAACGUUGGUGGUAAAGAUCGAGGUGGACUACGCUACCGUGUCGACUCAUUUCAAAGGGCUACAAGUUUGGGAAGGCAACGAGGAGCAGGAGACUAACGAUAUCUCGGCGACUGUCAACGUAAAGAAACUCGCCAUGUUCCUGGGCUGGGACAUUCUCCAUCCGGACAGCGUUAAGUGUAACUUGUUGCAGGAGAAGAUGGUGAAACUAACUUUAGACGUGGGGGAUCACGUUAAAAUACAUUAUUUUAUGCCGGCCAUUGCCUCGUGAGCGAAGGGAACGAAAGACUUAG